AUGUCCAGCAGAGACGCUUCUUUGACUCCUCUCAAAGCAAUAGUCAUAGACGACCCUCCGUUGAGACAGGCACCAGAACCAUUUGAUGAUGAUUCAGCAUACGAUCCACGUCUACCCAUUGCUAUUGAUUUUGGGUCCAGCAAAUUAAGAGCUGGGUUUGUCAAUCAAGCUGCCCCCACCCAUAUCUUUCCUAAUGUUCUAACCAAAUUCAGAGAUAGAAAAUUAAACAAAAAUUUCACUUUUGUUGGUAAUGACACUUUGUUAGACCAAGCUGUUCGUUCGCAAUCUAGAAGUCCAUUUGAUGGACCCUUCGUGACUAAUUGGAAUUUCACGGAGGAAAUCAUGGAUUACACCUUCCAUCAUUUAGGCGUAUCGCCAAAUAAUGGAAUUUGUAAUCCUAUAUUGCUUACCGAGAGGAUGGCCACCGUUCAAUCACAAAGAGCGAAUUGGUACCAGCUCAUGUUUGAAACAUACAACGUUCCAGGCGUUACUUUUGGAAUAGACAGUUUGUAUGGUUUUUAUAACCAAAAUACAAGCGGAAACAAGACAGGCUUAGUCAUUGAUUGUGGCCAUGAGGAUACUAAUGUAAUUCCCGUAGUCGAUGGUACAGGUGUCUUAACAGACGCAAAGAGGAUCAACUGGGGUGGCCGUCAGGCAGUCGACUAUUUAAGCGAUCUAAUGGCUCUGAAAUAUCCAUACUUUCCAACAAAGCUAUCUUAUUUACAGUACGAGACGAUGUACCAAGACUAUUGUCGCGUUUCACCAAAUUAUGAUGAGGAUAUCAAAAAUAUCCUUACUUUAGAGAGUCUAGACACAAACGAUGUGGUGGUGGAAGCGCCUUUCACGGAGAUUCUUCAGCCUCAAAAGACAGAGGAAGAAUUGCGAAUUCAAGCCGAAAAGAGAAGAGAAACUGGGAAACGUUUACAAGAACAGGCACGAUUGAAAAGAAUGGAAAAAUUAGUUCAAAAGCAAGAAGAAUUCGACUAUUUUUCGAAGGUAAGGGAUCAGCUAAUUGACGAACCUAAAAAGAAAAUACUGUCGGUCCUACAAAACGCUGGUUUUGAUGACGAACGUGAUUUCAAAAAGUAUCUUCAUGGUUUAGAACAAUCUUUGAAAAAGGCCCAAAUGGUUGAAGCAGAAGAUGAUAGCCACUUAGAGGAAAUGAAUGAUGAUAAAACAAUUYAGAAAUUUGAACUACUUGAUAUCGCAGACGAAAACCUGACUGAAGACCAAAUAAAGGAAAAAAGAAAACAAAGAUUUUUGAAGGCCAGUCAGGAUGCUAGACAAAAAGCUAGGGAGGAAAAAGAAAGGGUCGCUAAAGAAGAAGAGGAGAAAAGACUAAAAGAGCAGCAAUGGCGUCAAACGGAUCUAAAUGGUUGGAUAAAGGACAAAAGAUUGAAGCUUAAUAAACUAAUAAAGAGAAGAAAAGAAAAGUUAAAGUUACGUGACGAAAUGAAGGACAGAAAGUCUCAAGUUUCUCAAAACAGAAUGAAAAAUUUAGCUUCAUUGGCGGAGGAUAAUGUGAAACAAGGCACUAAACGCAGCAGACACCAAACCACUAUAGACAAUGAUCCAAAUGAUACUUUUGGUGCUAAUGAUGAGGAUUGGCUCAUAUAUACCGAUAUUACUCAGAAUCCAGAAGCUUUUGAAGAAGCCAUGGAGGAUGAAUACAAAGAUAUUGUAGAACUAGAGGGCUUACUUUUAGAGCAUGACCCAAACUUCACUGAAGAAGAUACUCUAGAGGCUCAGUAUGACUGGAGAAAUUCUAUACUUCAUCUGUUUUUGAGAGGUCCUAGGCCUCACGAUAGUGAGAAUAUUCAUGAACAGCACCAAAUGCAUUUGAAUGUGGAACGUAUAAGGGUACCUGAAGUCGUUUUCCAACCAACAUUGGGUGGACAAGAUCAAGCAGGUAUCUGUGAACUUUCAGAAACGAUUUUACUGAAAAAAUUUGGCUCUCAACCAGGCAAAUUAAGUUCCACUUCUCUAGACAUGGUGAAUAAUGUAUUUAUAACAGGUGGCAACUCCAAAGUUCCUGGAUUAAGAGAACGUAUCGUAAGAGAGUUCACUGAAUUUCUGCCCGUUGGUACCAAUUUCUCAGUGAACAUGUCUUCUGAUCCUUCAUUAGAUGCCUGGAAAGGAAUGGCAGCUUUGGCACAGGACAAAGAGGAGUACAAGAAAACAGUAAUAAGUAAGAAAGAAUAUGAGGAGUAUGGUCCUGACUACAUAAAAGAACAUAAACUAGGGAAUAUGAAGUAUUUCGAAGACUAG